UUUGCCGUCAAACUAACUAGAGGCAGUUUUGGUGGAUUUGAGCAAAUAAGACUUUUGUUAUGAAUGGUCACUAGUUCAAAAAAGAUUUUGCUUAGACGUUACAAAAAGACGACAAAAAAGUCACGUAUCGAAUGUUAGACGGCUAAUUAGUUUAGCCAUGUUAAGAGGAAUCUGUCAAUGUUCAUUCACUGAUUAUUCUCCGUUCUGAAGAUUUGGGUUGGGAUACGAUAAACGACCACCGACAGGAAUACAUGAACUAUGGACACGUCUGACCAAGGGACGAUGCCUCCGUUGAAAGAAUUUUUGCUAACUUUCUUCAUGCCAGAAAAGUGUUAUGACCACUUUUUCAUUUACUUCAACUUUUUGCACGUACCUUGCUUGAAGAUUAUCAUGAGAAAGACUAUGGGAAUAUUGAUUUUGAUGGGAAUUGUUAUUGCUCCUCUGCCUCAGAUCUGGAAAAUUCUUUGGUCUAGAAGUUCUAAUGGCCUGUGUCUGACAUCUAUUUUUCUGGAGCUGUUGGCCAUCUCUACUCAUGCAGCUUUCUGCUACACUCAAAACUUUCCCAUUGGAGCCUGGGGGGAAAGUUUGUUUGCAUUGAUCCAGAUUGCUGUCCUGGUUUUGCUCAUCCAGCACUACCGAGGGAAAACCAUAAAAGGUAUAUAUUUUCUUGCUCUAUACUGUGGCUUUAUGUUCCUCCUGACCUCCCCUUUGACCCCUGUGUCAGUGGUUUGGACCCUGCAUGAAUGGAAUGUGCUGUUGGUUAUUGCUGGAAGGUUCCUCCAGGCAGGCAGUAAUUUUAAAUGUGGACACACAGGACAGCUGUCUGUGCUCUCAGUUGUCCUGUCUUUUCUCGGCUCUCUGGGGCGUAUCUUCAGUUCCCUGCAGGACACAGGCCUAUCUCUCUCAAGUCAGAUGCAUGCACUGGCCUGUUGUUGCAGUGGGCUGAUGCUUUUACAGGUCCUGUUGUACUGGAAUAAAUGCAUGACAAACCAUGAGAAAGAAGGGCAAGUGCAGAAAGACAAGGCUGAAUAAAAGAGAUCUGUUUUUCUGUCAAUUGGUCAGGUAAAUUCUGACUUGGAUUUACAUCUCAGAUUGUGCAUUUGCACUCCUGGAAAAAGAGGUUGUGAAUCAUCCAAUGUCUCAUGAAAUGUUUGUAUUUUCACUUUUCAGUCUCAAGAUGUGAUUUCAUUUCAUUUUUCAACAUUAAGUGUUAUGCUAUACUCUGCACAUAUUCAGAAAUCUUUUUCUGUAAUAAAAUAUGUUUCUAAUGUUGUUAAAGCUACUCU